AUGGCUGGUCAUUUGAGGGGGUACCAGGAUCUUCUGAAUGUCAAACUGGCCCUAGACGUAGAGAUUGCUUCCUACAGGAAACUUUUGGAAGGUGAGGAAACAAGAUUGACUUCAGUUGCUGCAGGCCAUGUUCCAGCACCACAUGAGUACAGACAAUCCUCUAUCUACACUCUGCCAAGUUUCACUAGGGAGAAAACUGCCACUAAGAAGGUGGAGCCACAAUACAAGUUUGUUGAGGAGAUCAUCACAGAAACAACCAAAGAAGUGGAGAUUGACAACACCUAUACAGAGGAAAUAAUGAGUGAAGAAGAAAGGAUGGAAAAGGAGAGUCCAGAGGAUAAGGUGGAAACAACAACUGACAUUAGAGAGGCUCAAGAGGAUGCACAGGAAGUGGACACUGUAGAAGCAGAGAAACACAAAGAAGAUGAACAAGAAGAGACCUCAGCUAAACCUGGGUAUGAGGAGGAAACUGCAGUUAAAAAAGGUGACAUAGAUGCAGUUGAAGCUGAAGUUACAUCUGAAGCGGUAGAAGAGAAAGAAACGUCCCAAGAUGAUAUGAGUGAUGCAGAAGACACCAAGGAGAAGAAAGAAGUAAAAGAAGAGAGCACUGAUAAAAUACAAGCCUUUGAGGGUGUGAAGAAAACUAUUGUGGAAGAAAUCACAAAGGAACUUACAGAUGUAGCAGAAACAGAAACAGAAGAUGAACCUUUCGGAGAACCAAAAUCACUACCCAGUGAAAUGACACCAGAAAUAGAUGAAAGUGAAGAGCCAAAAAAAGAACAGACUUCAGAUGACAAAACCAAAGAAAAACAUGUAGAAAAAACAGAAGACCACAAAGAGUUGCGUUCUAUAACAAAGAAAGAAGAUAAACCUCAAGAG